UGCUGGAUAUUCUAUUGUUUAUUGUUUCAGUGUAUAGCAGGGUUCAGUACAGUUCUUAAUGUUUACAAGUAUGUCAGCAUUUUUCAUAUUAUCCAAUAACAGAAUAAUUUUUGACGUAAUUUUGGUGAUCUUGCAACUCCGAGGAUCUAAAAGUGAAGAAAUCAUAAAGGUUGAAAAUACUGAGAAGGAGGAAGUUCUCCUACUGGCUGGUGGUAUAGAAGAGACCCAGGAGAAUGGAGCAGUAGUAAAUACUCAACACUCUGCAGUUAUUAUCUAUCCUUCAGGGAAAUCUUGUGAGUUAGAGGACUUUGUAUUAAGUUUUAAUGCUGGAGCCGGGUUUGCUCUAACUGAUGGACGGAGUAGAGUUGCAGUUUGUCUUGGAUACAAGGAUACCAGACCCAGUCAGGGUUGUCAGAUUUGGAGGAAGGGAAAAAAGGGAACAGUUAAUGCAACAAUAACAGGUGAUGGAAAGGAGAUAUUGGAGUCUAGAUGGAAUGAGGAUGAAAAUGCAAUGCUGUAUCCAGUCUACACGCCAUGUCAGAUGACACCAGAGAAUUGUGUUGUAUUUGGAUUAAAUUAUGCCAAUGAUGAAUCUGGAUCUGAAGUUAUGACUGCUCGGCUUGUGCCGGACAAAGAUGAAGUUCAAAUCAACGUUGUUUCAAUUCUUCCCGGAAAAUUUCCUUUUAGUUCGUGUCUUGUGUUUUUACAGGAGCCAGCGAAUCGACUUUUUUUUCUCGGAG